GUUGGACGAUCCUGCCCGGUCUCUCUCUCCUCCCCCCUCCUUGCGCCGCUUCCCCCGCCUCCUGCCUAUGUUCCAGCUGGCUGGCCGAUUCGCCCCCCUCAGCCGGACCCGCCCCCUCGCCGUCGCCGCUCGCGCCCUAUCCUCCGCCUCGGCGCCCCUCCCUCUCGAUACCAUGGUCAAGCAGUCCAGCCCCCCGCCGGGUGACAUCGCCGCCGAGACGGCCACUGUCGCCGGCACCGUCGCCGUCGCCGACGCGGCCGCCGCCGCGACCACCACCACCGCCGCUGCCGCUGCCGCUGCCGCUGCUGCCCCCGAGAUCGCCGGUCCCCGUGCCACCACCCGUGCGCGCAAGGCCACCAAGGCCUUCGACCCGGCCGUGCACAUGAACAAUUCGCUGCAUGUCACCGGCUUCCGCUUCCCGAGCAGCAAGAAUGUGCGCAAGUUCUUCGAGCAGAGCGGCAUCCAGGUGACCGGCAUCCGGUACUUCCCGCGUAACUCCGCCUUCAACAUCAAUUUCCCGCCCGGGGCCAACAUCACCGAGAUGCACGAGAAGAUCAAUACGAUGAACUUCCGCUCGAGGCCCCUGGUGGCCCGGUUCCGUGACCAGUCGGAGGUCGAUGUCCAGGAGCACAAGGACCGCCACCAGACCCUGCGCGCGGAGUACACCGAGUCCGACCUGCCGGCGCACGAGCGCCUCAACGACCAGGUGACCCCCCUGUGGCGUCUCCCCUAUGAUGAGCAGAUCCAGCAGAAGACCGACACCAUCAAGACCAUUCUCCAGGAGGCGCGCAAGAAGCUGGUCGACACGUACAGCGGCACGGCCCCGGUGUGGCUGGACAACCAAAGCGACCUCUUGUGCAAGCUGGAGCCGACCAUUCGCUCGCCGGUGACCGAUGGCUACCGGAACAAGUGCGAGUUCUCCUUCGGCUAUUCGCCGGCCGGCAAGCCGACCGUCGGCUUCCUGCUCGGCCUCUUCAAGGAGGGCAAGGCCUUCAUCGAGAGCCCGCAGCAGUGCCCCCACGUGUCGGACAGCAUGAAGAGCGUGGCCGCCCUGCUGCAGGAGCAUGUGGAUCGCAUGCACGCGGAGACCGCUGAGAUGGCUGUCGACCCGGUUGAGCCGGCCGAGGCGGCUGCCGCUGUCGAGACCACCUCUGAGGCUGCUGAGUCGGCCGAGCCGGCCGAGGCCGCCGUCACCACCGAGCGCCGCACUCCCUUCCCCUGCUACGAUCGCCUGGAGCAGUCUGGCUUCUGGCGUUUGGCCAUGGUGCGCGAGACGGUGUCCAAGUCCAUGAUGGUCGUGGUGCAGGUGCACCCGCAGCAGCACAGCGCCGAGGUCCUGGCGGCCCAGGCUGACGGGCUGAAGGCCGUCUUCGAGGAGGCCAUCCGCCAGGAGCGCAUCCCCAAGGAUGUGCUGCUCCUCUGGCAGCAGGAGGCCGGCCUGUCCAACGCCUUCACCAAUGCCCCGGUGCGGACUCUGAUCGGCAAUGCGGCCGAUCCCCACAUCUACGAGCAGCUCUAUGAUCUCAAGUUCCGCGUCUCGCCCUGGUCCUUCUUCCAGGUGAACAUCGGGGCCACGGAACUGCUGUACUCGUACGCCGCCGAGCUGGCCGGCCUGCGCGACGGCAAUGAGACCGUUCUGCUGGAUGUCUGCUGUGGCACUGGCACCAUCGGCAUCUCCAUGGCCAAGAAGGCCAAGCGUGUCAUCGGCAUCGAGAUCGUGCCGCAGGCUAUCGAGGAUGCCAAGUUCAACGCCUCGCUCAACUCCAUCACCAACUGCUCGUACAUUUGCAAUGGUGUCGAGAAGUGCAUGGAUCAGGUCCUGGAGUCUUUGGACCCGAACGAGGACGCGGUCGCCAUCCUGGAUCCCCCCCGUCGUGGCGUCUCCCAAAACGUUGUUCGCGCCCUGCGCACUUCGGCCCACCUGAAGCGUCUGGUGUUCAUCUCCUGCGAUGCCAACCAGGCCAUGCAGAACUUCGUCGACCUUUGCCGCGCCACGACCAACCGCCACCCUGGCAAGCCGUUCCGCCCAGUGCUGGCCCGUGGUGUGGACCUUUUCCCCCACGCGCGCCCCUGCGAGCUGGUCCUGUAUUUCGAGCGCGACUGAAGACUCGGCUCGGUCUUUCAAUUCGGGCGGCGGGAGCCACCUCGCGUCCGCCCGAACUGGCCCACACCCAUCCCUAGGUGAAUGGACCUUUCCCCUCCCCACCACGAUACGAUGGCUGGCCGGCCCCCCCCCC